UCGAAUUCAUCAUGGAUGAAUCUCGUACGAGUCGUACGUGAAUGGCUUCUCGAACGAGUAACGACGUUUCCGUAAGAAAUAUUUACGCGCAUAGUUGAAUCGUAACGAAGCGUCAUAGCUAUGAUUGUGUGUCACGUCAAGCGAUAAUAAAUGCCAUCAAUGAGUUAUCGUCAAAGGCGCCCAACGAUGAUCAAUGAUAGCGACGUUGACAGCUGGAAGACGGGAUUCGCUCGAAAGAGAUUUGGUCUCGUCGAUCAUACCGAUUUCGGCGGAGAUGCGGCACUGACAUCGCAAGUGAAAAACUCGAGUUCUGGCCCCGAGAUCCGUUACAUCAACCCGGCCAUUUACACGGAAUCCGUCAGCGAAGGAGGGCCCGAGAGCGAUUACGAGCAGGAAGAGUGUCAUAAUGGAGACGUGAUCGACGCAAAUCGUUGCGACUCCAACGCUUCGGCGAUCGAUUUGUCUGCCGUCGCGAAGGAUACAACGAGCUCUGAUCACGCGAAUGAACAUCCGGGACAGAGCACCUAUAGAUGUUACUCGACGUCCUUUCCGAAUGCCGCGUUGCCUCUCGAACCGUUCACAGCUCGGUCCGCGAUUUCGUCCGGGAGCACCGUGCGAGUUGAGCGACGAUGCAAGAUUGGUAGCAUCUCCGUUGAUCAAAAUGAGGCAAACGUUGAUCAGAACGAGAUGAUAAAACGGGACAAGUACGUACUGGACGGUCGCCAGGUCAUGCGAAUUUCCACGACGUCGCUCUCGGUCGAGUCGAGCGUCAGCAAUCGUCAUCAGGUCGCGAACGGGUCUGACCUUGGCAGAAGGAUCGCUCAUUCGGAAUGGAUGCGCAGGAAACACGAGGCCGCGCAGCGGGCAAGGGAGAAAGAGGAACGCGCCGCGAAGAAGCGACAGGAGGAGGAGGAGCGGGAGGCGCGGGAAAGGGAGGAAAGGACGCGGCUGGAAAAGGAGAACUUCCUCAAGUGGAUCGAGAGGAAGAGGCAGCAGGAGCUCGACAGGAGAGCGAUACUCGAGAACGAGUUGGAAUUGCAGAGGCGUUUGAAGGAGAUCGAGGAUAAUCUCGCCGGUGCGAAGACUACAUAUCUCCGUCGGUGGUUCCACAAGAAGAAGGAGGAGCAGAAGGCCCGGCUUAAGGAGCAAGAGACGAGGCAGAAGAAAAAGGACGAGGAGCGCGAGAGGAGGCUGGAGCAGAGCACGCGGGCGUACGAGAAGUGGCGAGAGAACUCCAAGAACAAACCCAAGCCCGCCACACAAGGAUUGCUCCCUCAUCAGAAAGCGAAACCAGCAUACGUAAAUCCAAUACCUUGGCAAUCGAUCGUGCAGGUCGACUCCGACGAAGCGCAAGAAGACACGUUUCACGAGAAAAAAGGAAAUAUAAAUCAGUUGAAGAUAAGCGGCAGAAAAACGAUCGCGGCACAUCAAUGAUUACGAUCGAGAAAAUCUAUUGGAACGUCUGAAGUAAAAGAUUUGGAAAAAAAUUUUGUAACCGUAACAUAUAUUAAAAACUCUGAGAAUGUUUUGCCGUUUUAAUUAACCGCAAGUUAUUUGGGGAGAGAAAGGGUCUUUAUAAUUGUCAAAAUAUUGAAUUACAAAAAUACGAAAAAAACCAGUAAUGUCUUCUAUAAUUCUCUUAGAGGAGAAUUUUAGAAUUUACAUUUCUCUUGGCAGAUUCCACAACUCCUUCUCCCCUCGACUAUAAGGACAUAUAAUAAGGUACCAUCUUGAUUGAUUAUGUAUAUGUCAAUUUGAUUGUGUGAAGUGACUUUAAUGAUAUAGAUUUGUUCACACGUUUAAUGACAACCUGUGCUACAUAAUACAAAGUAUUUGAUUAUAACAAGA